UGCGCGGUUCCCCUGGAAGAUCCGACAUUCCCGACGCCGAGAUCAAGGCUUGCUCCUCGUCUCCCCUUUAGAAAAUUUCCACUCUCGUUCCCUAUAAUUCUCGCAUCAAACCCUGGAAGAGAUGAGGUAGAUGGGUUACUCUCACCGAUAUCUACCUUCUGGAAUAUGAGAUUCUUAAAUUUUACCAUUUUCGAUCGGGAAUUAUUUGUUUCUCAGCGUCAGGUUUUGAGAAAGAUUCGAUUUUUAUUGGUGAAACAGUCGUUUGGAUCACCGGAGCUUAGGAAUUGAAUAAUUUCCGAUUUUAGUUUUUGGAGGUUUUGGAAGAGAUCGGUGGUUUAAUGUGGGUCACAUUGUUAAUUGCAUGAGAAGAGAGGGUUUUCAAUGGAUUCAACUGCUGGGAAAAAUGAUGGCAUUCAUGGCAAGAACGGUUUGGAGAACAAUGGAGAUUUUGUGGUCAAUGUUGAGUGCUGUGGAGGAGAGACAGGGGAUGUCGGAGGCUCCGGUGGUGCCGAAAAGGAGGAGAAGGUAUGCAGGGUUUGUCAAAUGAGUUCAGACUGCGUGUCGCAGUCUGGCGAUCUGAUUCAGCUUGGUUGUCGGUGUAGGAACGAUCUCGGGACGGCUCACCGCAACUGUGCUGAGCUCUGGUUUGCCAUGAAAGGGAACAGAGUUUGCGAAAUUUGUGGCGUAGUUGCAAGAAAUGUUACAGGAGUGGGAGACUAUGACUUCAUGUUGGCAUGGAAUGAUAUGCCUAGAACUUCCCACUCCUACAGAUCAAUAGAAUGGAGGUGUCAUCCUGUUUGUAGUUGUGUGGCAGCAAUAUUAUUUAUAGCCUUGACAAUACAUUGGAUUUUACAGCAAAGGCAUCACUCACUGUAGUUCUUUUUGCUAUAUGAAAAUAAAUCUCAAGGAA